GUCACGGCCGCGCGCUCGAGUAUGGCGGCGGCGGCGCUGGGCAGUUCCUGUGGGUCCGCGUCCCCGGCGGUGGCCGAGCUCUGUCAGAACACCCCGGAGACCUUCCUGGAGGCCUCCAAGCUGCUGCUCACCUACGCGGACAACAUCCUCAGAAACCCUAAUGAUGAAAAAUAUAGAUCUAUCCGGAUUGGAAACACAACUUUUUCUACUAGACUCUUGCCUGUCAGAGGAGCUGUUGAAUGUUUAUUUGAAAUGGGCUUUGAAGAGGGAGAAACCCAUCUUAUCUUUCCUAAAAAAGCUUCAGUGGAGCAGCUGCAAAAAAUUCGUGACCUGAUUGCCAUAGAGAGGAGUAGCAGAUUGGAUGGAUCAGAUAAGAGCCACAAAGCAGAAUUAUCUCAGCAACUUGCAGCCAGCACCCAGCUUCCUACAGCACAGCCUUCUAGUCCUAAUGGGUUAACCCAGCAUCCAGGGAACAGUGAAGGGCAGUCAUCAAAUCCACCGUCCGCUCCAAUGGUUACUACUGGUGAUUCAGUCAUUCUAAAAGCUCUUCAGUCCAACAUUCAGCAUGUACUGGUCUAUGAGAACCUUGCUGUCCAGGAGAAAGUGCUGGCUUGUAUUCCAGUCCAAGAACUAAAAAGGAGAUCACAAGAAAAGUUAUCUAGAGCUAGAAAAUUGGAUAAAGGUACUAAUGUAAGCGAAGAGGACUUUCUUUUGCUGGAGCUUUUACACUGGUUUAAGGAAGAAUUUUUUCACUGGGUGGAUGACAUUUUGUGCAGCAAAUGUGGUGGCCAGACUAAGUCUAGAGGCGAAUCAUUGUUCCCCAGUGAUGAUGAGCGGAAGUGGGGUGCAAACAGAGUGGAAGAUCAUUACUGUGACGCCUGCCAGUUCAGCAAUCGAUUUCCAAGGUAUAAUAAUCCCGAGAAACUUCUGGAAACAAGAUGUGGACGGUGCGGGGAGUGGGCCAAUUGUUUCACACUGUGCUGCAGAGCCCUGGGCUUCGAAGCCCGCUACGUCUGGGAUUACACAGACCACGUCUGGACAGAAGUGUACUCCCCUUCUCAGCAGCGGUGGCUGCACUGUGACGCGUGUGAAGACGUCUGUGACAAGCCCCUCCUCUAUGAGAUCGGCUGGGGCAAGAAGCUGUCCUACAUCAUCGCAUUUUCUAAAGAUGAGGUGGUUGAUGUCACUUGGCGAUAUUCUUGUAAACAUGAAGAGGUAAUCUCCAGAAGAACUGAAAUUAAAGAAGAGUUACUUCGAGAAACUAUUAAUACACUUAAUAAGCAGAGGCAGAUAUCUUUGUCAGAAAACAGAAGAAAGGAACUUCUCCAGAGGAUCAUUGUGGAGCUUGUUGAAUUUAUAUCUCCCAAAAGCCCUAAGCCUGGAGAACUUGGAGGAAGGAUAUCUGGGUCCUUGGCGUGGAGAGUAGCCCGAGGUGAAACGGAUCCAGAGGGGCCGUGGGUUCGAUUCCUGGUCGGGGAACUAAAGUCCCCCAUGCCAUGUGGUGCAGCCAAAAAAAAAAAAAGUGAUGUGUCCCAAUUUACAUUUUUAACAAUCACGUUGAUGACUGUGUGGAGAAGUGAAGAGUUGAAAGCUGGGAAAUCAGCUGUAGGAGAGGAUUGCAGCAUCCAAUUAAGACAUGGUGGUGGAAAUGAAGUCAUGUUGACACAAAAUCCGAAAAGUAGUAAAGAAACCCUGUUCAUCCCCUCUGAAAACGAGAAGAUUUCUAAACAGCUCCACCUUUGCUAUAAUAUAGUAAAAAAUCAUUAUGUCCGCAUUUCAAGUAAUAACCAAACCAUUUCUGGAUGGGAGAAUGGUGUGUGGAGAAUGGAAUCCAUAUUCAGAAAAGUUGAAACAGACUGGAACAUGGUGUAUUUAACCCGAAAGGAAGGAUCGUCUUAUGCUUACAUUUCCUGGAAGUUUGAAUGUGGGUCAGUUGGCCUCAACGUAGAUAACAUUUCCAUUAGAACAAGUAGCCAGACCUUUGAGACAGGAACAGUACAGUGGAAAUUGAGAUCUGAUGCAGCACAAGUAGAGCUGGCGGGCGAUAAAAUUCUUCGCUCCUAUCAUGAUUUUUCUGGUGCCACUGAAGUUAUUUUGGAAGCAGAAUUAAGCAGAGGAGAUGGUGUUGUUGCUUGGCAACACACCCAGCUGUUUAGACAAAGCUUAAAUGACCCAGAAGAAAAUUGUUUGGAGAUAAUUAUAAAAUUCAGUGACCUUUGAGAACCUGAACAUUAUAGAAAAGCUGGCAAUAAUCAAGGACAUAGCAUGUUCUAAAGUAGUCUGUUGGUUCCCUGCAUGCUUAGAUGGCAGUGUUCUACCCCCUGCUAGCAUAUUUCCUUGUUGGCUAUCCAUCGUGUUAACCCUCAUGAAAAUGUAUCUUUUUACUGUGGACCCUCAUGAAACCUUGAAUUAAAAGCUUCCUUCCAUAUGUGACUCUGAUUUGGAGUGAAGUCUUACUGCCCCACUAUGAGAUUUUAACCUAAAAAUUGUAAGUAUGGUUUUAAAAGUAAAAUGAAGGUAUUCGUGAUUAAAUGCUAUUCGUGAUUAUGAUGACAUCUUAAGCUAAUAAUAGUAACUUGACAGUUUCUGAUCAUUCUGGCAUUAAUUUCUCCGUAAGUAAUUGAAAUAGAUUUCCUAAGAUUUUUAAAUUUUUAAUAAACGUGAAAGUGUAGUAUUUCAUAAGUUAUAGAGCAUGAAAAUUUUUAUGACUGUAAAUACGUACGCAUUUAAGAAAUAAAAUGAAUUAUUUUGCGUUAUA